AUGCUGCGGGUGGCCCUGUUUGCCGUAGUGGUGCUCAGCACCAGUCUGGACCUGAGGACCGAGGCUAAUCCCGUGAGCUCUCCAGCCUCUUUCCAAGACACCACGGAGCUCAAGCUGAGCUGUAUGUCAGACUACGGAGCCCCCGUGUUCCCCUUCCUGGCUGUAGGAGGCUACUCAGGGUUGGAGUACUCCGAAGCAGAAGCUCUCAUCCUCACCUUCUCCUUGAACAACUUUCUCUCCGGCGACCCACAUGCCGACUUCGUGCUCUUGUGGGAAGAGCGUUUCCUGGAGGUGGUCCAGGAAUUUCAGAAAAAUAACUCCGAGAAGUACGCCAUCGCCUACAUGGCGGAGCGCUCCCUGGAGGAUGAAGUCAGCCGAAGCACCUGGGAGGACCUCCCCAUCUUUGCCAUCAGCUACCUGGUCAUCUUCAUAUACAUCACGGUGGCCCUGGGAGAAUACUCCAGCUGCAGGAACAUCCUGGUGGAUGCCAAGCUGUCUCUUGCCCUGGGUGGCAUUUUGGUGGUCCUGGGGGCCGUGCUGUCAUCUUUGGGCUUCUACAGCUUCGUAGGGCUGCCCUCGUCCCUCAUCAUCAUUGAAGUGGUGCCCUUCCUGGUCCUGGCGGUUGGCGCUGAUAACAUCUUCAUCUUUGUGCUGGGACACCAGAAAUCCCAGCCAGAACCUGGGGAAACCCCAGAGCAGCACCUUGGACGCACUUUGGGCAGCGUGGCCCCCAGCAUGCUCCUGUGCAGCCUCUCUGAGGUCAUCUGCUUCUUCCUGGGGGCCCUGACACCCAUGCCUGCGGUCCAGACCUUUGCCCUCUCGGCAGCCCUGGCAGUCUUCUUCGUCUUCCUGCUCCAGAUGUCACUCUUUGUGGCAUUGAUGUCCCUGGAUAUCCGCAGGCAGAAGGCCUCUCGGAUGGAUCUCUGCUGCUGCGUCCGCGUGCCUGAAUGCGAGCCCGUGAAGCCACACGAUGGGCUUCUCCGUACAUUCAUGCGCAAGAUCUACACGCCAGCCUUGCUGGGCAGCAGCAUCGUCCGAGCUCUGGUGGUGCUGCUCUUCAUCCUGCUUUUCUGUGCUGGCAUCUACCUGACAUUCCACAUCGAUGUGGGGUUGGAGCAAGAACUGGCGGUGCCCAAGGACUCGUACAUGGUGACGUUCUUCCAGUUUUUCAACCGAUAUUUUAUGGUGGGCGCCCCAACGUACUUUGUUGCCACUGGUGGCUACAACUACAACUCGGUGCCUGGAAUGAACGGCAUCUGUUCCAGUUCUGGGUGUAAUAAUAACUCCAUGACGCAGACGAUCCAAAUGGCCACCAAGUUCCCUGAGAAGUACUAUCUGGCCAUUCCUGCUACUUCCUGGGUAGAUGACUUCAUCGACUGGUUGAACCCCAUAUCCAGAUGUUGCCGCAUUUACAAAUCUGGCCCUGACAAGGGCAAGUUCUGCCCCUCGACCAGCAACUCCCCUGCCUGCGCUUUCAGCAAAUGCAUGGGCAGCUUCCAAGGCAGCCUCCGGCCAAACAGAGAAGAGUUCAACAAAUUCCUGCCCUGGUUCCUCCAAGACAUGCCCAACUUCAAGUGUCCCAAGGGGGGCCUCGGGGCUUAUGACACAUCGGUACGUCUGGGGUCCGAUGGGGAGAUCUUGGCAUCCCGGUUCAUGGCCUACCACACCCCGCUGAAGAACUCGCAGGAAAACACGGCAGCGUUGAAGGUGAUGCGGCAACUGGCGGCUAACAUUACGGCUACUUUGAGGGAAGUUCCCGGCACUGACCCGAACUUCCAGGUCUUCCCUUACACAAUCACCUACGUGUUUUAUGAGCAGUACCUGACCAUCAGCACCGUUGGCCUCAUCAACCUGGCCCUGUGCCUGGUGCCCACCUUCGCCGUCUGCUACAUCCUGCUGGGGCUGGACCUGCGCUCGGCCUUCAUCAACCUGCUCACCAUCAUCAUGAUCAUUGUGGACACUGUGGGGGCCAUGAAACUUUGGGGAAUCUCCUACAACGCCGUCUCCCUCAUCAACUUGGUCACAGCCGUGGGCAUCUCUGUGGAAUUUGUCUCUCACAUCACCCUCUCCUUUGCUAUGAGCAAACAACCAACCAAAGUAGAACGCUCCCGAGAAGCCACAAUCAACAUGGGAAGCGCGGUGUUUGCUGGUGUGGCAAUGACCAACUUGCCAGGCAUCGUGGUCCUGGCAUUUGCCAAGGCUCAAAUAAUCCAGGUCUUCUUCUUCCGCCUGAACCUCAUCAUCACCCUCUUAGGGAUGCUGCACGGCCUGGUGUUUCUGCCUGUCAUCCUCAGCUACUUCGGGCCUUCGGUCCGUCAAGGGACGCCAGAGCUGCAGCCAAGAACGGAGACCCCCUCCGUCCCUUUGGAAGGCAAAGGAGCUCCUAGCAAUGACCAGACCUCUCCAAACAACCACAGCCAAGAUCCAGCCCCAAGCCCCGAACCAAACAACACGGGCCUCUAGAAGUCUCCAGGCCUGUCUGCAGGGCAGAAACUUUGGCCAGCGGCUGGCCCGGUCAGUAGCCAGCCUGAGCAGAAUGGAGCAGGGGCGGUGAGGAGAAGACAACGGCUCUCCCUGCUUUCCAUUGCAACACGCGUGGAGCUGGCUUCACACAUCGCGCUAAGCCACUGGACAACUUAUUUGCGGCUUAGAAGGCUGUGUUAUCCUAGCCAGUUGUGCCACUUCCACCAACAAAUCCUGGUUAAAGCAAGUUGGUGAGAUGUGAUGCAGCUGGCCGCGAGUAGACACAUCGUGCUAAGCCAUGGUUUAAAAACAGACUGCUUAAUAAAGCUACAACUCGUUGGGCUCACAUGACAUACUAAGCCACAUCUGUGUGUGCAAGUGUGUGUGUGUGUGUGCAUGCAUGCCCUGUCGAGGAAGCCUCGACUCCCGGUGACUGCUUCUUCCUCCUCGGACUGAGAGAGAAGCCGCCCCAGCCGGCUUCCUGCC